CUGGUCAAGGAAUUCACAUUCCAUUUCCUUUUCAUUUAUACCGGUCUAUUAUACCACACAGUGACACACCCUUCUCCCUCCCCACUCCUCUCUUUAGAUCUCUCUUUCUUUUCUUUUGAUUCCGAGGGAAUAUUUUAGGGUUUUAUCGCUGCUUUAGAUCUUGCAGCGAUUUGAAUCCUCAACCGGUUCAAUUUCAAUCACAGAUCCGAUUAGCACACUCUGAGCCGUCGAUCUAAUCAGCAACCAUGGCCGCGGCUAACGCCCCGAUCACCAUGAAGGAAGUCUUAACUUUACCGGCUAUCGGGAUUAGUCCUCAGUUUAUUACGUUUACAAAUGUAACGAUGGAAUCAGACAAGUAUAUAUGUGUACGGGAAACAGCGCCACAAAAUAGUGUUGUAAUUAUCGAUAUGAACAUGCCAAUGCAGCCAUUGAGACGCCCUAUCACUGCAGAUUCUGCUCUCAUGAAUCCAAAUUCUAGAAUCCUUGCUUUGAAAGCCCAACUUCCGGGAACUACUCAGGAUCACUUACAAAUAUUUAACAUCGAGAUGAAAGCAAAAAUGAAAUCAUACCAGAUGCCUGAGCAGAUUGUCUUUUGGAAGUGGAUAACCCCUAAGAUGCUGGGCCUGGUUACACAGACAUCAGUUUAUCAUUGGUCUAUUGAAGGUGAUUCUGAACCAGUGAAGAUGUUUGAGAGAACUGCUAAUUUGCAAAGCAAUCAGAUUAUAAACUACAAAUGUGACCCUUCUGAGAAAUGGUUAGUUUUGAUUGGAAUUGCUCCUGGCUCACCUGAGCGGCAACAAUUGGUUAAAGGGAACAUGCAACUUUUCUCUGUGGAUCAACAACGUAGCCAAGCUCUUGAAGCACAUGCUGCAUCAUUUGCACAAUAUAAGGUUCCAGGAAACGAGAACCCUUCCACUCUGAUUUCUUUUGCCACAAAAUCUUUUAAUGCUGGGCAGAUUACAUCGAAGUUGCAUGUUAUUGAGCUUGGUGCCCAGCCAGGGAAGCCAUCAUUUACGAAGAAACAGGCAGAUCUGUUCUUUCCUCCUGAUUUUGCUGAUGACUUUCCUGUGGCAAUGCAGAUAUCCCACAAAUACAGUUUGAUUUAUGCAAUCACGAAGCUUGGGCUGCUAUUUGUUUAUGAUUUGGAGACAGCUACUGCAGUAUACCGAAACAGAAUUAGUCCAGAUCCAAUAUUUUUGACAGCUGAGGCUUCAACGGUGGGAGGGUUUUAUGCCAUUAAUAGGCGAGGCCAGGUGUUGUUGGCUACUGUAAAUGAAGCAAUGAUUGUGCCAUUUGUUAGUGGCCAGUUGAAUAAUCUGGAGCUUGCUGUCAAUCUAGCCAAAAGAGGAAACCUUCCUGGUGCUGAGAAUCUGGUUGUCCAGCGUUUCCAAGAAUUAUUCGCUCAAACAAAGUAUAAAGAAGCUGCUGAGCUUGCUGCUGAGUCACCACAAGGCAUUCUUCGAACUCCUGACACAGUUGCCAAGUUUCAGAGUGUUCCAGUGCAACCUGGGCAAACCCCUCCCUUAUUGCAAUACUUUGGGACCCUUUUAACUAGAGGAAAGCUUAAUGCAUUUGAGUCAUUGGAAUUGUCCCGCCUUGUGGUCAAUCAGAACAAAAAGAAUCUUUUGGAGAACUGGUUGGCAGAGGACAAGUUGGAGUGUACUGAGGAACUGGGAGACCUUGUGAAGACAGUGGAUAAUGAUCUUGCUCUGAAAAUAUAUAUUAAAGCUAGGGCAACCCCUAAAGUUGUUGCAGCUUUUGCUGAGAGAAGGGAGUUUGACAAAAUUUUGAUAUACUCGAAGCAGGUUGGCUAUGCUCCUGACUAUUUAUUCCUUCUGCAAACAAUUCUCCGUACAGAUCCACAGGGUGCUGUUAACUUUGCUUUGAUGAUGUCCCAAAUGGAAGGUGGCUGUCCAGUUGACUACAAUACCAUUACUGAUCUCUUUCUUCAGAGGAACUUGAUCCGUGAGGCAACAGCCUUUCUGUUGGAUGUUUUGAAGCCAAAUUUAGCAGAGCAUGGUUACCUCCAAACAAAGGUUCUGGAGAUAAAUCUGGUAACAUUUCCUAAUGUAGCUGAUGCUAUUCUAGCCAAUGGGAUGUUUAGCCACUAUGAUCGUCCUCGUAUUGCUCAACUCUGUGAAAAAGCUGGUCUUUACAUCCGAGCCCUGCAGCAUUAUACGGAUUUGCCAGAUAUUAAACGUGUGAUCGUGAAUACACAUGCAAUAGAGCCACAGGUAUGUUUCGUCAAAUUAUUGUAUUAUAUUCUUGUAUUGGAAAUAUCAAGUUGCUCAUGUAAUUGCUGUUCUUUGCAGGCACUUGUUGAGUUUUUUGGCACUCUUUCACGAGAAUGGGCUCUGGAGUGCAUGAAGGAUCUCUUACUGGUUAAUCUAAGAGGCAACCUUCAGAUAAUUGUUCAGACUGCCAAGGAAUAUUGUGAGCAGUUGGGUGUUGAUGCAUGCGUAAAACUUUUCGAACAAUUCAAAUCAUAUGAAGGGUUGUACUUUUUCUUGGGGUCAUAUUUGAGUUCCAGCGAGGAUCCUGAUAUACAUUUUAAGUACAUCGAGGCAGCUGCUAGAACCGGACAAAUAAAGGAGGUUGAGCGUGUUACUAGGGAGUCAAAUUUUUAUGAUCCUGAAAAGACAAAGAACUUUCUGAUGGAAGCCAAGCUUCCGGAUGCAAGGCCUCUAAUAAAUGUCUGUGACCGUUUUGGUUUUGUUGCUGAUCUCACACACUACCUCUAUUCAAGCAACAUGCUUCGUUAUAUAGAGGGUUAUGUUCAAAAGGUGAACCCAGGGAAUGCUCCUUUAGUUGUCGGGCAGCUGUUAGAUGAUGAAUGCGCCGAAGACUUUAUCAAGGGCCUUAUUCUUUCUGUCCGUUCUUUGCUUCCAGUUGAGCCCCUUGUGGAGGAAUGUGAGAAGAGAAAUCGACUUCGUUUGCUCACUCAGUUCUUGGAACAUCUUGUGAGUGAGGGAAGCCAAGAUGUACAUGUUCACAAUGCUCUUGGUAAAAUCAUCAUUGAUAGCAAUAACAACCCAGAACACUUCCUCACCACCAAUCCUUACUAUGAUUCCCGGGUUGUGGGCAAGUAUUGUGAGAAACGUGAUCCCACCCUUGCUGUUGUUGCUUACCGGAGAGGACAAUGUGAUGAAGAACUCAUCAAUGUCACAAAUAAGAACUCUUUGUUCAAGUUGCAAGCCAGAUAUGUGGUUGAAAGGAUGGAUGGUGAUCUUUGGGAGAAGGUUCUGAAUCCUGAAAAUGAAUACCGAAGACAGCUUAUUGAUCAAGUUGUAUCUACUGCUUUGCCGGAAAGUAAGAGCCCAGAGCAAGUUUCUGCUGCUGUUAAAGCUUUCAUGACUGCUGAUCUGCCCCAUGAAUUGAUUGAGCUUCUUGAGAAGAUUGUGCUCCAAAACUCUGCAUUCAGUGGAAAUUUCAAUCUCCAAAACCUACUUAUCUUGACAGCAAUUAAGGCUGAUCCUUCUAGGGUUAUGGAUUACAUUAAUAGAUUAGAUAACUUUGAUGGACCUGCUGUUGGGGAAGUGGCAGUUGAAGCUCAGCUUUACGAGGAAGCAUUUGCAAUUUUCAAGAAGUUCAACUUGAAUGUUCAGGCUGUUAAUGUUUUAUUGGAUAACAUCCAAAGCAUUGACCGUGCCGUGGAGUUUGCAUUCCGUGUUGAAGAAGAUGCUGUUUGGAGCCAGGUGGCCAAGGCCCAACUCAGAGAGGGCCUUGUGAGUGAAGCAAUUGAGUCAUUUAUUCGUGCAGAUGACGCUACUCAAUUCCUGGAAGUCAUUCGUGCUGCUGAGGAUGCAAAUGUCUAUCAUGAUUUGUUGAAGUACCUUCUCAUGGUUAGGCAGAAGACAAAAGAGCCAAAGGUGGAUAGUGAGCUUAUUUUUGCAUAUGCAAAGAUUGAUAGGUUGAGUGACAUUGAGGAGUUCAUUCUCAUGCCAAAUGUGGCAAAUCUCCAAAAUGUUGGCGAUCGCUUAUAUGAUGAAGCUCUUUAUGAGGCUGCAAGAAUUAUAUUCCAAUUUAUAGCAAACUGGGCCAAGUUGGCAAGCACACUAGUGAAGUUGAAACAGUUCCAAAGUGCUGUUGAUGCAGCUCGGAAAGCCAACAGUGCCAAGACAUGGAAGGAAGUUUGCUUUGCUUGUGUUGAUGCAGAGGAGUUCCGUCUGGCUCAGAUAUGUGGUCUUAACAUCAUUAUACAGGUGGAUGAUUUGGAGGAGGUCAGCGAAUAUUACCAGAACAGAGGAUACUUCAAUGAAUUGAUCUCUCUCAUGGAGAGUGGUUUAGGUUUAGAACGUGCACACAUGGGGAUUUUCACAGAGUUGGGAGUGCUGUAUGCUAGAUAUCGUCCUGAGAAACUCAUGGAGCACAUUAAAUUGUUCUCAACCCGUCUCAACAUUCCCAAGCUUAUCCGAGCAUGUGAUGAACAGCAACACUGGAAGGAACUUACCUAUUUGUACAUUCAAUAUGAUGAAUUUGAUAAUGCUGCAACUACCAUUAUGAACCAUUCUCCGGAGGCAUGGGAUCACAUGCAAUUCAAAGAUGUUGCUGUCAAAGUUGCUAAUGUAGAGCUAUAUUAUAAGGCCGUGCAUUUCUACUUGCAAGAACAUCCUGAUCUUAUCAAUGAUCUUCUCAAUGUGCUGGCACUUCGUGUGGACCAUACUCGUGUUGUUGACAUUAUGCGGAAGGCUGGUCAUUUGCUUCUUGUGAAGCCAUACAUGAUUGCAGUUCAGAGCAACAACGUGUCUGCUGUGAAUGAGGCUUUGAAUCAAAUUUAUGUAGAAGAGGAGGACUAUGAAAGAUUGCGUGAAUCAAUUGAUUUGCAUGAUAACUUUGAUCAGAUUGGCCUUGCACAGAAGAUUGAGAAACAUGAGCUUCUUGAAAUGAGGCGUGUGGCUGCGUACAUUUACAAGAAGGCAGGAAGAUGGAAGCAAUCCAUUGCAUUGUCAAAGAAAGAUAACCUUUAUAAAGAUGCCAUGGAGACAGCAUCACAGUCUGGUGAUCGUGAACUUGCAGAGGAGUUGCUGGUUUAUUUCAUUGAACAGGGCAAGAAGGAAUGCUUUGCAUCGUGCCUCUUUGUUUGUUAUGAUUUGAUUCGGCCAGAUGUUGCCCUUGAGCUUGCCUGGAUGAAUAAUAUGAUUGACUUUGCUUUCCCGUACCUGUUGCAGUUUAUCCGUGAAUACACAGGCAAAGUUGAUGAACUCGUGAAGUACAAAAUUGAGGCGCAGAAAGAAGUCAAGGCCAAAGAGCAGGAAGAGAAGGAUGUAAUUGCUCAGCAGAACAUGUAUGCUCAGUUACUUCCUCUUGCUUUGCCUGCACCGCCCAUGCCUGGUAUGGGUGGACCAACAAUGGGAGGAGGUUUUGCUCCACCACCACCCAUGGGUGGAAUGGGGAUGCCUCCAAUGCCACCUUUUGGCAUGCCACCGAUGGGCAGCUACUGAUAUGCAAACAACCACCCUUUUUUUGUAGAAUUAGUUGCGAAUUCCCAGUUGCUUAAAGAAAAAAAAGUAUCCUAGCUGUUUGGGCUUUUGAUAUGGCGGUGGUGUUUUUCUGGGCUUGGGUGCCUUCAUUCUUCUUGUUUUUUUUUUUGUGUUCUUUUUUGGUGGGACGAAGGUGUAAUUGAAACAAUGAACAUGGCAUUUUUCUGUCCUAGGUGUGUGGAUAAGUGAUGUAAUAUUUUUUUGGUAGGAAUCAUUUUUUGGCUGCUAGUAGCGAGCAAGCGGAGGAUUUCCUGUAUUUGCAAUAUUUUUUCCCUUGCGGUCUGGGAGCUAGCCGAGUAUAAUACGAAUUGUUUCAUACAAAUCAUAAAACCGUCCAACUUGAUCUGUAAUGGCUCUAUUUUAAUUUCAUCUUUUCCAUUUUACUUUUA